AAGAGCUUGGGAGAAACUGUGGUUAACCCCACUUGCACCUCUGGUUAAGAGCCAUAUACAUUUCACAGAGUUUUAGUUAAUUAAACGGGGAGCAUCUACUAUGUUUCUUCUUCCCUGGGUCACCUGCAAAUUGCAAACCUUUCGCCGCCUUCUACGAGUACCCAAAUUCUCUCUCUAUACAUACAUAUAAAUUUACACACAUCUAUACAUAUUGAACAACAGUUUCGUUUUCCUUGGAACUCGAAGACAGCUGGCCGUGAUGAUGAUCACAGCUCUUGGGAAAGCUAUUUAAUGCAUAAGGAUUUGCGUAUGUUGGUCGGUUCGAGGAAAUAUUACUCAACUUGGACUUUGAUUUGGUUUCAAGAGUUGUUUGGCGAUUUUGGGUUCUUCACUAGUGAAUAAUACCACAAAGUACAGAAGUUAGCUGUUACUUCAUCAUGCCUUUAUCAGAGUUUUAUGCGAUGGCUAGAGGGAAGGUUGGAUCUGUUCAACAGAAAACAACCCCAUAUUCAACUGAUCAAUCUCCUCUACGCGAUAAUGAGUUUGUUGAGCUAGUUUGGGAUAAUGGUCAGAUUAUGAUGCAAGGCCAGUCAAUUAGAAGAAUCCCCAUUCCAAACAAUUUUCAAUCUCAAACUAUGAAGCUUAGAGACAAAGAUCCAGGGAAUGUUACCAAUUCCAAGACUGGAAAGUUUGGGACAUUGGAAUCUGGUUUCAACAAUUUUGCAACAGCAACGCCAUCGGGGGAAAUGGGAUUAAGUCAAGAUGAUGACACGGUACCUUGGUGGAGCUAUCCCUUUUCUGAUUCUCUACAACAUGAUUACUGUUCUGAAUUAUUGCCUGAAUUAUCUGGUGUUACCGUAAAUGAUAUCUCUGCACAAAAUAGUUUCUCAUCGAUCGACAAGAGAAAUAGUUGUAACCAAACAAUCAGGGGUACAACUAUUAUAUCUGGGCAGAAUGGUUUUAGUUUAGAACUGGUAAACGGAUCCAAUGUUUCUUCUUCAGAAGUUGGCAAGUCUUCUAGAUCAAGAAGUGGCCAGUUCUUUCCAUGGUCUUUCCAGGAAAGUCCUGCACCGAUUCCCUCUCUUAGAUCUGGAGUUUCAGGUGUUAUUAGUAAUGAUACCAGGAAUACAAAGCAUGAUAGUUGCGGGGAUUCCAUUCAGGCUCAGCUUUCGGCAGAUGAUUUGUCUAGCAUAAAGAUUCAGAAGCAAGAUUCAGGACUACCCAACGCUAGCUCUAGUUUUAUGAACUUCUCGCACUUCUCCAGACCUGCUGCAUUUGUUCGAGCUAAUCUCCAAAAUGUUGGUGCUAUGGGAGGUGAGAAUAAGGGGACAGCUCCAAGUAGUAGCAUUCUUGCUGAACCCAUGCUUGUUGAUUUGAGUAAUGGCUUAAGAAAUGAAAUGGGUUCAUAUAGCCAACCUAAUUCGGUCCCACCCAAGGUAGAUGCAAAACCUGUGGUGGCUAAGCCACUGGAGGAGCCACAUGCUGUUUAUCAAGAAGAUUCUGAUAAGAAUGAUAAGUUGCCAAAUCAAGUAUUGGGUGCUAGUGCAUCUGAAGGAAUGCCAGAUGGUGAGAAGACUAGAGAUCCACUAGUUGCUUGUUCAUCAGUGGGUUCUGGAAAUAGUGCAGAGAGAGCUUCAAAUGAUCCAACACAUAAUUUCAAGAGAAAAUAUCGGGAGACUGACGACUCUGAAGGCCGCUCUGAAGACGUUGAAGAAGAAUCAACUGGUGUAAGAAAAGCAGCUGCUGUUCGAGGAGCUACAGGUUCGAAAAGAAGCCGAGCAGCAGAAGUGCAUAAUUUAUCAGAAAGGAGGCGAAGAGAUAGAAUUAAUGAGAAGAUGCGUGCCCUACAAGAGCUUAUACCUAACUGCAACAAGGUGGACAAAGCUUCAAUGCUCGACGAAGCCAUUGAAUAUUUGAAGACACUCCAACUUCAAGUGCAGAUUAUGUCGAUGGGAGCUGGGUUGUAUAUGCCGCCAAUGAUGGUUCCAACAGGGAUGCAACAUAUGCAUGCAGCUCAUAUGGCACAAUUUUCACCCAUGGCUGUUGGCAUGGGACUGGGGAUGGGUAUGAAUGGUGGAUCUCUCGGAUGGCCCACGAUUCAGGUACCCUCGAUGCAAGGACCACAUUUCUCUGCCCCGCGUCCCCAACCCAUUUUGGGGACUACCAAUUUCCAAGGGAUGGGUGUAUCUAACCUUCAAGUUUUUGGGCAUCCUGGUCAAGGACUUGCCAUGUCAUCGCCAAGGGCGCACUUGAUGCCUUUGCCAGGAGGGCCUCCUAUAAAUUUAGCUGGGGGACUGAAUGCCAAUGGGACGGCUGCUGCUGUGGAAGUUCCAAAUUCGGCUCCAACAACUAACUCAAAGGACUUGUUAGGGACCACUAACUCACAAAUGGUGCACAAUACUGAUGCUAGUAGCUCAAUGAACCAGGAAUCUAGUCAGUGUCAGGCGACUAACAGAUGAGCGAUGAAGAUUUUUGCUUGACCAGGGAAAAAUGACUCUGCCUAGUAGUAGACCAGCUUGUAAGGAGAAAAUUGCAUUGUUCUACUUGAUCUGCCACUGAUGUAAUAAAUUUAACGAAGUGUUUAUGAAAUGAAAGACUGAAUGUGCACUUGUAUAUGCAGGUUGUGACUUAAAUCAACUGCGAAACUUCAUCAGAGAAUGGAAUCAUUUUGUUGCAUUCGAAACUGUUGUUUGUUCAUCUGACUGGGAUAGACAUCGAAGAAAACUUCUGUUUGAUAUAGUUCUCCUUUGUAUGUACAUUCAUAUACAGGGUUCUUGCAUUUUGAUCAAUCAAUAGAUUAGACUUCCCAGUAAACGUGUUCAGAACUGUAUUCUAGAUUUGUAUUUAUCCAUGUUUUUGAACUAGUGAAACAAUGACUAGCA